AUGCCUUUCCUUCUUCGUAGAACGAAGGAUGAAGUCUUGUCUGAUCUGCCAGAGAAAAUCAUUCAGGAUAGAUAUUGCGACCUGAGCCCUGUACAAUUAAAACUGUACGAUCAAUUUUCUGGUUCACAUGUGAGACAAGAAAUUUCUAGUAUGGUAAAAGGGUCAGGAGACACGGGACAAGGAAGCAGUGUUUCAACUAAAGCAUCUUCACAUGUUUUCCAGGCACUUCAGUAUUUGCUAAAACUUUGUAGUCACCCGUUGCUUGUCCUUGGAGAAAAGAUUCCAGAUUCAAUUUCAUGCCUUUUCUCCGACCAACCUCCUAGUUCUGAUAUAAUCUCAGAGUUGCAUAAAACUUGCCACUCUCCCAAACUCGUCGCACUUCAGGAGAUUCUGGAAGAGUGUGGAAUAGGUGUUGAUGCAUCUAGUCCUGAAGCUGCUGCGAGUUUUGGGCAGCAUAGAGUGUUGAUAUUUGCUCAGCAUAAAGCCUUUCUGGACAUCAUUGAAAGAGACUUGUUUCAGACCCAUAUGAAAAG